AUGUCCAGUCAAACGCCAUCAUACAAGCCCCUUCCGGCCCCCCGGCGUAUAGUCACAACUCACAACGCCGCAGGCCAAGCAAUCCUCACCACCGGCCUCGCCCCCGAACUCCCCAAAGGAUCCGUCCCGGGAACAGACCUCUACCUGGCCUACACCUCCCCCUCUCUCCCCGCUCCGCUCCCCGAAGACGCCGAUCUAGACGCUUACAAGACCCACCUUACCUUGAAGCCGCCCCUCGAAAUCGGCAUCGACAUCCCCGGAGGCCUCGCCGCCCGCGUCGUUGAUUUCCUCCCCGGUGGACCCGGCGCGCCGAUGCAUCGGACCGAAACCCUCGACACGGGCGUGCUUGUCGAGGGGGAACUGGAGCUGGUGCUGGACAGCGGGGAGACGGCUAUCCUCAAGAGGGGAGAUGUAUAUGUGCAGAGGGGCACGAUGCACGGGUGGAGAAAUGUGAGCGAGACAGAGGUGGCGAGGCUGUUUGUUGUGCUUACUGCGGCGGAGAUGCCUGUCUUUGGCGGGGAGAAGCUCAAGGAGGUCAUGCCUGUCCCUCCUACUGAUUCGGAGGCCGAGUCCGCGUAG